GGAGGCGGAUCAGUUUCCUUCUCUCAUUGAGAAAGAAGAGGAUUGGAAGACCGAGCGUAUAAAGCCGCGCAGAGAGCGUGAAACAAAGCAGUCGGAUCGGAAUUGGACUUGAGGAGCGAGGUGUGGAGUCAGGCAUAAAACUUGUUGGAGGGGAGUAACGAGCCUGCUCCUCCAGCUCUCCUCGUCUGCGCCGCGCUUCAGGGGUCCUCACCAGCCUUGCAAUUUAUUUUUAUAUCUACUUUUUAUAGAAAUAGAAAUAUAUAUAUUUUUUCCUCUUAAGAGAAAAUUCCUGUUCUAAGAGAAAAUAAGACAAGAUCAAUGAAGGAGAGAAGAGCCAGUCAGAAAUUAUCCAGUAAAUCUAUCAUGGAUCCUAAUCAGAACGUGAAAUGCAAGAUAGUAGUGGUGGGAGACAGUCAGUGUGGGAAAACCGCGCUGCUGCACGUCUUCGCCAAAGACUGCUUCCCCGAGAAUUACGUCCCUACAGUAUUUGAGAAUUACACGGCCAGUUUUGAAAUCGACACACAAAGAAUAGAGUUGAGCCUGUGGGACACUUCGGGUUCUCCUUAUUACGACAACGUCCGGCCCCUCUCUUACCCAGACUCGGAUGCCGUGCUGAUUUGCUUUGACAUCAGUAGACCAGAGACUCUGGACAGUGUCCUAAAAAAGUGGAAAGGUGAAAUCCAGGAGUUUUGUCCCAACACCAAAAUGCUCAUGGUUGGCUGUAAGUCUGACCUGCGAACAGAUGUCAGUACAUUAGUGGAGCUCUCAAACCACAGACAGACACCAGUGUCCUACGACCAGGGGGCAAAUAUGGCCAAACAGAUUGGAGCAGCCACUUACAUUGAAUGCUCAGCAUUACAGUCAGAAAACAGUGUCAGAGACAUUUUUCAUGUUGCCACCUUGGCAUGUGUAAACAAAACAAAUAAAAACGUUAAACGGAACAAAUCGCAGAGGGCCACAAAGCGCAUUUCACACAUGCCCAGCAGACCUGAACUCUCGGCAGUUGCCACGGACUUACGAAAGGACAAGGCGAAGAGUUGCACUGUGAUGUGAAUCUCCUGUUAUCUUCAAUGAGGACAAAGAAAUUUAGUGUAAAAAAUCACCACCAACAAAACAAAAAGAUGAAGUCUGAAUGAAGUGCAUAGCCAAAGUCACAUAUUCUGGAGGCUUGGGAGGCAUUUGAAAGGAUACUCAUCUUUUUGGAAUCCUGUCCUUAGGUUCAGCAUGUAGGGAACAAGUGGUGAGAAGUGAAUACGUUGAAGAGUUCUGAAGUGUGACUUGAGAAAUACGCCAAAAAAGAGAGAUUCAGAUGGGCUAGAGGUAGAUGAGGAGGAAUGCGAGUACCUCCAAGAAGAAAAAUCCCGCUCUGAAUGGUGCUUGCGUUAUUGUUUUCUUUGUUAUAACCUAUUCAUGAAUCUCUACUUUGAUUUAAUUUUUAAAUGUUUUAAUCUCCUUUACAAAAAGUAUAUAUUAAUAUACCGUCCUCAUUGGGGAACUGGCACUGUGACCUUAGCGUUUAGUUUUCUAGAGGAUGUGAUCUAAUUUCCUUCUAGCUCAUCAUUAAAAUGGAAAUUGUAUCGGGACCCAUGGGAUAUCCAGAGGAAAAGUUUGUGAGGCUUUGAAAUCUUGCCUUCCUGGAGAUAGCUGAGCGAGAUGGCUCUAAAGAAGGGCUUUUGCAGUCUUGCAAGAUAUGCAGACAAGCACUGCUACAAAGAUUGAAUAGAUCAAAUAGAAAAAAGUGUUGAUUUUUAUUCAGUCUGAUGGUUUUGUUCAUGGUUGUGAUUGUCCUUAAAAAGUGGUAAAUUGCUCAAGGUAAUAUUUUUGUGCGCUGUUUAGAAAAGAGUGUGAUUUUUUUUUUUGCCAUCGUUAAUGAAAAUGCAAAGUCAAAUGAAAGGUGUCUUGGUUUGACGUCAUAGAAUGAGUGAUCCAAGGAGGAAAAAUGUAGGUACUAUUUUCACCUGAAGAAAUAAUGAAGGAAUAGUAGCAGAAAGCACAGUUUGUAAGUAAAGCUGUCUGGAAUUGUUACCAAAAGUACAAAGCAAAAGGCCUAUUAUGUGGGGGAUGAAGUUCCAAAGUUGGCAGCAUCUGAUGAUCUGUUGGUUUAGUUCACUUUCUUUAAAUGAACAUGAUAAGAGAAGGACCCUCUUGCCCAAGCUUUAGAGAAUCCUUAGUGAAAAAUUAUGUAAUACCCACCCUGACACUAUACCAGCCACGUCAGGAGAGUGAUUGCUAAACCUCACUUAACCAGAUAUCCUGCCGAGGCCCCUGUUCAAUACUUGAUCACUGUUGUUACAUAAAAUAAUCAGCAUUUAAAAUAGUUUACAGAUAUUUUCAAUCAGUUCCUUUUAAAGCUUCUUUCAGAGAAGAGACCAGAUCUGACCUGUUGGUGCUUGUUGAAAACGAGCUUUUUUUCCCAAUGAUAAAGCUUCAUUUUUGAAGUGUUGAAGCUGUUGCUCCCAUUAAAGUGUGGCAGGAGAGGAGAUUAAGGUAAUUACCACAUUUAGUUCUAUGUCUUACAAGCACUUUGUUUUGUCUCUGCAAGAAAAUACCAUUCCAGCCAUUUCCCACGAAAUACAGGCAUUUUACCAACAAAAUAUGCUUUGACUGAUGCAGCAUUAUGCUUUGGGCAGUAUUACAAAAUAGCUGGCAAGUGCUUUCUGUAUUUAAAUAUUGUAAAAAGAAAAUAAGUUAUAACUGUUAUAAAGCAGAACUUCUGUUGCAUUUUUUUUAAUGUUGAAGUCAAUUUGUAUGUUUGGUCAAUGUUUCUGCAGUAUUUAUUAAAACAUACUUUUUUUUCCUUCAAAUAAAAAAGUAACCAUGUCUUUGUCUAAA